AUGGAUGCCAUGUCUGUCUAUGGCACUAACCUGACCACAGAGGUUACACCAUGCUUUGAGCAAACCUGCUUGUCCACCCCAGGGAUAGACACCACCACCAACACCACCACCACCAAUAGCCCAAUUUCCCUCUGUACCUUGGGCUGCUGCAAACUGGUCAACAGGACUUUGGUGAUCACCUUCAUGGUCGUCCUGGCUUUCACAAUUGUUAUAGGGAACACCAUUACGUUGGUGGUUUUUCUCAGGACCAGACAGUUCCGGACACCUCAAGGCUACUUGAAAGUCUCCUUAGCCCUGGCCGACAUGAUGGUGGGCUUGCUGGUGGUCCCCUUCUCUGUCUACACUGAGAUCGCCUUGCUGGUGACCAGCCGGCCUCCAGCCUGGUAUCAGGGCUUGAGUUCCUGGCGUCUCGGGCAGCCAUGCAGCCUGAUCGGCCCCGUGUUCGCCGGCUGCACCUUUGUGUCCAUCAGCACCAUCUUCCUGAUGACUAUGGAGCGCAGUGUGGCCAUCCAGAGACCUCUACACAAGGACUCGCUGGUCACUCGCAAGAGGAUCUGUUCCCUCAUCUGCUGCUCCUGGCUGGGGGGCUUCCUGUUGGCAGUGUCUCCCUUGCUCUUCAGCGAUGACUUUGCCCUGGAGUACAACAAGUGCAGUAGGAUGUGCAACUAUGUGUUUGUGCCCAAGACCUCCUAUAUCCCCAUGUGGAACAUCAUGCUUCUAUUCCCCGUUUUCGAUUUCACGCUUCUAGGUGGCACUUUGGUAGUCAAUGUCCUGUCUUUCAGCAGCAUCAGGCGCUACUCAAAGAAGCGCAAGACUUUGGCAGAGGUGGACAACUUCAGCGGCUCCGCACGCCCUUCUUUUUCAGACAUCAAGGCUGCCAAAACCAUAGGGAUCCUCACUUUCGCUUUCACGGCUUCUUUCAGCCCCAUCGCCGCCUUCGUGGUGGGUAACGUUCUAGGCUAUCAGUGGUGUAACUUCUCCUUCUUUGCCUUUUGGAUACUGGCUUCUAACAGCUGCUGUAAUGUCAUCAUCUACAGUGUCAGGGACUACAGGUUCCGCAAAGGGCUGCAUCAGUUAUUCCACAGGAAGCUGCAACCACCGUUUGAAAAGAACUGACUUUUUAAGGAACUUAUUUUUUUGCCCACUCUUUCUCUCUA